AUGGCCCAGUUCGUGUUCGAGAGUGACUUGCACUCGCUGCUGCAGCUAGAUACACCCAUCCCCAAUGCACCCCCUGCGCGCUGGCAGCGCAAAGCGAAGGAAGCCGCGGGGCCGGCCCCCUCGCCUAUGCGGGCAGCCAACCGAUCCCACAGCGCCGGCAGGACUCCAGGCCGAACUCCCGGCAAAUCCAGCUCCAAGCUUCAGACCACUCCCAGCAAACCUGGCGGUGACCGCUAUAUCCCCCAUCGCAAUGCUUCCCAGAUGGAGGUGGCUAGCUUCCUCCUGAGCAAGGAGAACCAGCCCGACAACAGUGAGACGCCCACCAAGAAGGAACAUCAGAAAGCAUGGGCUUUGAAUCUGAACGGUUUUGACAUGGAAGAAGCCAAGAUCCUUCGGCUCAGUGGAAAACCACAAAAUGCCCCAGAGGGUUACCAGAACAGGCUAAAAGUACUCUAUAGCCAGAAGGCCACGCCAGGCUCCAGCAGGAAGACUUGCCGCUACAUUCCUUCCCUGCCAGACCGCAUCCUGGAUGCCCCUGAAAUCCGGAAUGACUACUACCUGAACCUUGUGGAUUGGAGCUCUGGGAAUGUACUGGCUGUGGCUUUGGACAACAGUGUAUACUUGUGGAGUGCUAGCACUGGUGACAUUUUGCAGCUGCUGCAAAUGGAGCAGCCUGGGGACUAUAUAUCUUCUGUGGCCUGGAUCAAAGAGGGCAACUACCUGGCUGUGGGCACCAGCAGUGCCGAGGUGCAGCUAUGGGAUGUGCAACAGCAGAAACGGCUUCGAAACAUGACCAGUCAUUCUGCCCGAGUGGGCUCCCUCUGUUGGAAUAGCUAUAUCCUGUCCAGUGGCUCACGCUCUGGCCACAUCCACCACCAUGAUGUUCGGGUAGCAGAACACCAUGUGGCCACACUGAGUGGCCAUAGCCAAGAAGUGUGUGGCUUGCGCUGGGCCCCAGAUGGACGACAUUUAGCCAGUGGCGGCAACGACAACUUGGUCAACGUGUGGCCUAGUGCUCCUGGAGAGGGUGGCUGGGUUCCUCUGCAGACCUUCACCCAGCAUCAAGGGGCUGUCAAGGCUGUAGCUUGGUGUCCCUGGCAGUCCAACGUCCUGGCAACUGGCGGGGGCACGAGUGAUCGACACAUUCGGAUCUGGAACGUCUGCUCUGGGGCCUGUCUGAGUGCCGUGGAUGCCCAUUCCCAGGUGUGCUCCAUCCUCUGGUCUCCCCACUACAAGGAGCUUAUCUCAGGCCACGGCUUUGCCCAGAACCAGCUGGUUAUUUGGAAGUACCCAACCAUGGCCAAGGUGGCUGAGCUGAAAGGUCACACAGCCCGGGUACUCAGUCUGACUAUGAGCCCAGAUGGGGCUACAGUGGCGUCCGCAGCAGCAGAUGAGACCCUGCGGCUGUGGCGAUGCUUUGAGCUGGACCCUGCCCGGCGGCGGGAGCGGGAGAAGGCCAGUGCGGCCAAAAGUAGCCUCAUCCACCAAGGCAUCCGCUGA